GCACUUGGAUCAAAAACUAAUAUACUUUUAUUUGUGUUUUGCAAAUCUAAUUAGUGUUUUAGAUUGCCGUAAACAAAGAACAUGAACAUGAAACUGGAAAACGAUAACUAAAAUCUAUAAUUAGCGGUGAAAAAAGACAAGGAAAUUUGAUCCAUUAAAUUAGGAUAUGGCAUUAGGUAUUUUUCCAAAUCUAAAUUUAUAAAAGGUUGGCAAAUUAGUAUAAAUAGAUGGAAGGAACACCUACAGUAAUUCCUUAAGCUCAUAGAGAGGAUAAAAAGAUCAAGAAGAUGACCACCACCGUGAAAAUCAUGUUUUUUGCUAUGCUAAUUGUUCUUCUGUUCUCUAUUGAUGUCGUUGAAGGAUCCGGAAAUUCGUUGUGCUGUAACACACAUGCGAAAUUUGGAGCUUGCAAAACGUACCAAGACAGAAAGAGAUGCAACAAAUGGUGUCGUGAUGGAUGUGAUAAUAAGAAAGGCGGGUUUUGCAAACGUGUUGCUGGUGGAGCAAAAUGCCAUUGUUACUGUUGAAAAAAUAUGUUUAUGCUUGCGUUUGCAAUCAUCAAUUACUUAUUCUAACUAUUUAAUUAGACUCAAAAUCUUGUCUUGAUUGUGUCUUCCCUGAAACUUUCUUCACGUUUGUUUUAACUUUUCAAGUUAACAAAAAUUGUUUUAAAAAUUGUAUCUAAACCAAAACGGUACCAAAGCAAAUCGAAUUUAACAAAAAGACUAAUAGAAGCAAUCGGCAAAAAAUUACCAAA